GGGAGACCGGACCAGACCAGACAGAAGGAAGUAUUUUUGUUACCUGGACUGACGGACAGGACGCCCAGACUGUCCCUUGGAUCUAUCAACCAUGACAACGGUUGUCCCCUUCCUCCUCUCCUUAGCCUUAGUCCUCACCAACGGUCAGUAUUACUACCAGGGUCUCAUGGAUUAUCUGGAGAACAGAUUCCUUGCCAUUGAGGUAAGAGACAAACUCCUAAACAACCAUUUUACACUGCACAACUCCACCUAAAGUGGUGCAGGAAAAGUUAUAGGCAAGGAACAAGAAUCAAAUCAAUGACACAACUAUGGUGAAUCAAGUUUUAUUUUUGAAUGCUAGUGAGACAACAUUUUUCUGAACGAACAGUAAACAACAGUUAGAGUGAAAUCAAGGACUAAAAAUCAAGGUCAUGUGUUGGGCUUUAGCUCUGACAUUCUGCAAAACUUUACUUUGCACUCAGUGUCUGCCUGCAAGGUUUCUUUUCAUAUCUUAAUGUGUUGACUAAAGCAAUCCAAUUAAUACAAUCUCUGUUCGACUCAUCAACUUCUCUGGCUAAGGCCCUUAGAGAAUAUCAGUGGCUGUGAGCUGUCGUAUCUGUGCCUGAGUACUUAUAUUCUCAUUGCCCUUCUCAGAAUACACACUAAGCAGUGUGAGACUCUUCAUUAGGAUCAAAGAUAACAACACAUUGAUAAUGAAAACAAUAGGAACAUUUGCAGAAAUUACUGACAAAAAACAAUAAUGACGAAAUCAUUUUCUUUAGAAUAAGCGAGAACAUGUAUCAACAAAAGUGUGCCUUGCAAUUUCUCUAGGCCAAAUUAAAAUGCUGUCUGAGGCACUGUACAGUAUUUAUUUUGUCAAAUAUGAUAUGCCAGGUUUGUGGGAGUGUGUUCUACUCCUCAUAUAUUGCAGCUAUUCUAUGAUCUGUCUUCAAUGAUUAUGCCAAGUUUGCUUACAUUAUAUGCUGAGUGUGAUGAAGUGUCCAAGAAGUGGAAUAAAUAUGCAGCUCCAUGCUUUCUGCUGUAGGACUACAGUAUUAUUAGCUACAGUAAUCAAGUCAUUUCUAUGAAAUGUAAUUUAAAUGGUAAUGUUUCCAUUAAAAGUUCAUGCACCAAUCUAUCCAUUCAUUAUGACCAUGUAAUGUAACUUGUUAGUUUCCUCUUUUGAGGCAUUAUCUAAUAUAGCACUCCAAAAAUUGGGAAAAUAGUGUGAGAAUACAAAUAACAUUUGCUCGUUAUUACUUUUCAUUCUCAAUCUCUCUCGAUUACAUGAUCCAUUGCCGUAACCGUACUCUACGAGGGUGUCUGAAGGGGAGUGGGAUAUGCAAAAAACGCAUUUCCAUUUCACACCACACACUUGUACAGGUUACACACUUAUACAGUAUAAGCUACAGUAUAUAUAAGCACCCCCUAUUUGACCUUUUGUCAAUCUUACGAUGAGUCAACCUCUAUUGUUCACUGCCACUGAACCAGAUCACUGAACAACAUUGUGAUAAUAAACAAAACGUAUUUCUUCUUGUGAGGUUUUGAUGGUGGAAUUGAUGUUGAUGGGUGCUGAUACUUUUUUCCACAGUACAUGAUCAUGAGGAACCUGGUUUGACCCAGGUUCAAACACCAACACCUGAUACAGUUUUCUCAGAACUCUGCCCAUGGUGUUGUCCUUGUGAAUAAGACGUGUGUGAUUGGAAUGAACUAGAGUCUGAUACUAGGACAAUUACAUUCACCCAACAUUACAGUAGUGCUUAAUCAUGGGUCACACACCAAAUCAACGUCCUUGAUAACACAUUAUGUUCCCCCAGGAUCGUAUGCUCAUAUGGCACGAGCAGUCUAACCGCUACAACACUGAGCUGCGGGACUUCAAGAAGCAGACUGCCGAGUUUAUAAAGGGAAUAAACCAGGACCAUGGUACCCUGCGCCAAGACCUGGAGGGGACAGGGGUACGAGUGGACCGCGUGGAGAGAGAGAUGGACUACAUCGAAACCCAAAACCCCGCUAGGCCCUGUGUGAACCAGGCAGACAGAAUGGUGGAUGUGGACCUGGAGGUGAAGGAGAGGAAGAAAGGGGGAGAGGAGGAAGAUGGGUACUCCAGAGUCUUGGGUGAGUAGAGAGAGGAGCAGUGUAUGGGGAGUUGGGGGAGUGUGAGGCGUAGAGCUCUGACUUCCUGUACAGGAUGUCUGCCUUUGAUCUAGUGCCUUCGUUUCCCUGCCUGACAGAGACUUGGCUAUGGAGCAUGGUUACAGUAUUUUUAGUCUUGCACCAAGCUCUUUACCACUCUUGGCAGUUGGUGUCCUCCCCUGAAAACCCAUUCCACAGGAAAAUAGGCAACAAACACAGAUUUGUUUCAAGUCAUGUUUUUGCAAUUUAGAGCUACAUUUUGAAUCAGUAGGUAGGCUAGUCAUAAAUUUAAUUUUCGUAGAGAGUUAUCGCUAGUUGGCUAUGAGUCAUUUAUUUCAGGGGGGAACCAGUCUCCUAUUUGUACCGCAUGGACACGGGUAGUCUGUCUUUACACGGGUAGUCUGUCUUUACUACCUACAACGUGACUCACAGCGGGUUGGUACAAAUAAUGUUGUGAUUCAAAGUUCUAUUUCACAGACAGUAGGUUCAUUUAGUCAACUGCAUAACGUCAUGUAAAACACAGAGCAAACAGACCUCUCACUAAGAGUUUCAGCAUCUGCAUAACCCUCCUCAGUGAUCACGGGGUUCAGUAAGACAUUAACAUAACAAAAAAGGUUUAUAAAAGGUUUAGAAGUAGUUUAUAAACCAUUAAUUAUUAGUUUAUAAAUCUCAAAUAAACAGUUUUUACCAGGAGCUCUUACUCUACCUGAAAGGGGGAACCAGUUGCAAUACUUUGAAAGUCCAUAUUCAAGGAGUGUUCCAUGCAUACAGAACAGUACCCCCCCCCCCCCCCCCCCAUUGUCAACGAUUUAGACUCACUCUAUCCAGAUUGAGAGGAAGUCUCUUUGUUGUCUUGAGAGCUCCAAUUUACUUUUUAUCAGCAAAAGGCUCUUGAAAGAAAAUACCACUUUACUAUACUUCAGCAUAUCUGUGCGUCACUCAUCUUUCCCAAUUUCCAUAGCACCAUGUAGCUGUUUCUUCCACUUCCCUUUGAUUGUGUUAAGUUCAUUUUAAUUUGGACUGCAUUGGAAUAGCCUGCUGCAGCCUUCGGGGUAAAUUAUGUGCCCUGCAUGUUGAAGUAGACAUCAAAACAUGUCUCAGGUGGGCAAGGACAUUGCAGAGGCAUGCUAAUGCAACAGGAGAAGGAAAUGUGAACUGGAAGCCUGGAUGCUAACCAACUUGGCUUCAGAGCAUUUAGUAUUAUUCUGAAAGUAAAUCCGAGACACUCCAUUUAGAAUGAUAUGUAAUGUUUCGUAUGGUAUGUAUUCAUUUUUGAAUGUACAUCACCCGUUUCGUAUGAUAUGUUACGAAAUACAAUUUGUAUUAUAUGUUACGAAUUUGCAAAACGUACAAUACUAUAUGUUACGAAUUUGCAAAACAUAUGAUAUUUAACUAAUUCUAGCUAGGUGGCUAAUGUUAGCUAGCUGGCUAGGGGUUAGGGUUAAGAUUAGGGUUAAGUUUAGGAGUUAGGUUAAAGGGUUAAGGUUAGGGUUAGGGUUAGGGGAAGGGUUAGCUAAAUGGGUUAAGGUUAGGGUUAGGGGAAGGGUUAGCUAAUAUGCUAAGUAGUUGCAAAGUAGCUAAGAAGUAGUAAGUAGUUGAAAAGUUGCUAAAAUUGUCCGUGAUGAGAUUCGAACUUGAAACCUUUGGGUUGCUAGAUGUUCGCGUUAAAAGUAACCAUAUGUCUUAUGUAGCCAUACCAAACGUAACAUAUCAUACUAAUUUGAGUGUCCCGGAUUUACAUUUACUAUGUUUCAUCUAGUCUAUGAGACCAGAUUGACCAGCCUAGAACUCCUCUUUGAUUUUCAAAACUACAAAUAGACCAUUAACAUUUAUAAUAGUAAUAUCUUAUCUGUUAUAAUAAUGAUCUGUUGUCAUUUUAUACAGUAUACUGUAUACAAACGUCUUAAUAAUUACCCGAUUUUUCAUUACAUCUGACAAUGUUAUUAUGACCACUCAUGAAAAUGGCUUUUCACAAUACCAUCUCCAUUUCUCUAUCAACAGAUUGUAUGGACAUCAUCUCCAGCAUCAGAGCCAUGAAGAUCCUGAAGAGGAUGGGCAGCCCCAAAGGCAUUUGGACUAAAGACGCCAGGUCCUCUAAGGUCUACAUCUUCAACGGCACGGCAGAGGACACCCUGUACCAGUUCAGUUCUGUUCUAGACUUCUCAGCCUCCCCAGGAGUGGCCAACAGCAGGCCCAUCAGACUGCCCUCUCUGUGGAGUGGCACCGGUGCUGCUGUCUAUAACGGCUAUGCCUACUACGUGAUGGAGGGGGCCGAUGAGCUCCAGGUGAUUAAGUAUGACCUGGCAAAUGGCACGGUGACAGACAGUGCUGUGUUCCCAGUGGAAGUGGCAGACCAUAGACCCGUCUACAGCCUCAACCCAGAGACUGCCGUGGACCUGGCUGCCGAUGAGGAAGGCCUCUGGGCCCUGUACACUACCAGGGAAAGUGAGUCCAUCAACCUGGCUAAGAUGGACCCAGACAGCCUGGAUAUCGAGCAGAUGUGGGAUACACAGUGUCCCCGGGAGAAUGCGGAGGCAGCCUUCGUGGUCUGUGGGACGGUCUAUGUGGUCUACAACACCAGGGUGCCUAGUCGCUCUCGUGUUCAGUGUGUGUUUGACGUGAACGAUAUGGUGACCAGUGAGGAGGCUCCGCUACUGUAUUUCCCCAGGAGGUAUGGAGUCCACGCCAGCCUUAAGUACAACCCUCAGGAGAAACAGAUCUAUGCUUGGGAUGAUGGCUACCAGAUCCUUUACAAACUGUCCAUGAAGAGGAAGCUAAUGGUUUAAGUGGAUGGACUAGUGGGCAUUUUAGUCAAAUUACAUUUUAGUCCGAGAAAUGGCCGGAAAACAUUAUAAUAUGAAGACUAUCACUGGAGGCAUACAGUGCCUAGCAAAAGUAUUCA